AUGGGAAACACUCAUAGCAACGAGUUCAGCCUUGGGUCUCUAGGUCAACUAUCCCAGCUUCAGACCAAUGGCGAAUCUACGUAUGGCACACUUGAUGCACCAGACUUGCCAACUUUCCUCACUGACAACCCUACUCCCAAUGGCUACCCAUGGAGUACCAUGAACACUCGGACAAACUACUAUCAGGAUCAUCCUCAUACUGGAGUCAUCCGAAAGUAUGAUUUCACUGUCAAUCGAGCCAAUAUAGCCCCUGAUGGAUACGAGAUGUCUACCAUUCUUGUGAACGGACAGUUCCCUGCCCCCCUUAUUGAAGCCAACUGGGGUGACACAAUCCAAGUCACUGUUCGCAAUGAACUGAAAGAUGAAGGGUUGUCUUUGCACUGGCAUGGCAUCCUCCAGAAGAACAUGCCCUGGGAAGAUGGCGUUCCUGGUGUUACCCAAUGCCCCAUAGCGCCGGGUCAGUCUUAUACAUACUCGUUCAUUGCCGAUCUCUAUGGUACCAGCUGGUAUCACUCGCAUUAUUCCGCUCAAUACUUGGCUGGUCUCUUCGGCCCAAUGGUUAUAUAUGGUCCGCAAGAAAAGAAAGACUACGAUAUUGACGUUGGCCCCAUCAUGCUGAACGACUGGUAUCACAAAGAGUAUUUCGACCUUGUGGAAGACAUCAUGAAACCUGGCGCCCUGGGCAUUGUGCUUUCUGACAGCAAUCUCAUCAAUGGAAAGAUGAACUACAAUUGCUCCAAAGUCCAGCCGGGGGAUAAAUCACCCUGCAAGAAUAACGCUGGAAUCUCAAAGUUUCGCUUCAGACGGGGCAAAGUGCAUCGCUUACGUCUUAUCAACCCCAGCGCUGAAGCCAUCCAACGAUUCUCCAUUGAUGGUCAUGACAUGACAGUGAUUGCAAAUGACUUUAUUCCUGUUGAGCCGUAUAACACAAAAGUUGUUACCCUUGGUGUUGGCCAACGUACUGAUGUGUUGGUCAAAGGGAAUGGCAAGCUGGAGUCAUACUGGAUGCGCGCCAACAUAUCAGCCAAUUGCAGUCUUGCUCUCAACCCAAAUGCUCUCGCAGCCAUCUACUAUGACCAUGCAAACGACAAAAAGGAACCAAAGUCGAAACCAUGGAACAUACCUGAGCCAGGGACUUGCGCCAACGAUGAUCUGAGCAUGACAAAGCCUCUGAUGAAGUUACCCUUGCCUCCAGCUGAUAAGACCAUCGAACUGGAUGUGAAGUCAUAUAGAAACGCCAGCAACAUCACGCUCUGGUCUCUGGGAGGCGUCGCUGCAAGGACGAAUUACAACAGUCCCACCCUGCUUCUGAGCAAGCUCGGGAACCACACUUUUGACCACGAUUGGAACGUGAUCAAUACCGGUAAGGCGAAGAGUGUCCGAGUGGUGGUGAACAACAAGACACCUGUAGCACACCCCAUGCACUUGCAUGGCUUCAACAUGUAUGUCCUACACGAAGGUCCAGGUGCAUGGGACGGCACAAUUAUCAACAAACACAAUCCACAACGACGUGACGUCGUUCAGCUCCGGGGCAAUGGACACAUUGUCAUUCAAUUCGACGCUGGAGACAACCCAGGUGUAUGGCCGUUCCACUGUCACAUCGCGUGGCAUGUCUCGGCAGGUUUUUUGACGCAGUUUCUUACUGAACCAGACAAGGUGGAAAAGCUACGUAUACCCAACGUGGUGGCCGAGACGUGCAGGCAAUGGGGACACUGGACGCUGUCCAAUAUCCCUGCACAGAUUGAUAGUGGGCUUUGA